ACUGUUUACAGCUCUUCUUCUUUCCUCGUGUUCUCAACCUGCAGUUUUUGUGUUUGUUAAUUUGGUUAUAAUAGCUGAUAACCAUGGCAAAUCCAAUGCGAAUCAAGGAGGAGACAUCCGGGGAAGAUCCCCCCACCACGGAAACCAUCGAAAUACCCGAUCGGGAGGAUGAUCAGGACAUAUGUGAAUUGGAGCACUUGCGUAAGCUAUUUAUCGGCGGCCUGGCGCCCUACACCACAGAGGAAGGCCUCAAGGUGUUCUACGGCCAGUGGGGCAAGGUGGUCGAUGUGGUGGUGAUGCGCGAUGCAGCCACGAAACGUUCGCGUGGUUUCGGCUUUAUUACCUACACAAAGUCCACGAUGGUAGACAAAGCACAGGAGAACCGGCCCCAUAUCAUCGACGGCAAAACGGUGGAGGCCAAGCGGGCGCUACCACGCCCGGAGCGUGAGACCCGUGAGACCAACAUAUCCGUGAAAAAGUUGUUUGUCGGCGGCCUAAAGGACAAUCAUGAUGAGGACUGCCUGCGGGAGUAUUUCGUGCAGUUUGGUCGAGUCGUUUCCGUCAAGCUGCUCACCGACAAAACCACCGGCAAGCGUCGCGGAUUUGCAUUUAUAGAAUUCGACGAUUACGAUGCUGUGGAUAAGGCAAUACUUCAAAAGCAACAUUCCAUUAAAUACGUGCACGUGGAUGUUAAGAAAUCUAUUUAUAACUUGGAGAAGAAAGACAAACAGUCCCAGGGACCGCCGACCAAUGGCAGCAAGCCGCCCCAGCAACAGCCACAGCAGCCGCCACAGCCGCACAAUGGCAAUAUGCAGGCGCCCGGCUACCGUCCGCCUGUGCCGCCACAGCAAGCAAUGCCUCCGUACCCGCACCAGCCGCCGCCACCAAUCAAUGCCCCGCCACCCAACUACAACUACUGGGGCCCGCCGCCGCCGAUGCAGGGCUACUACCAGCAGCCACCGCCGCAAAUGAACGGCUGGAACGGCUAUCCACAGAAUGGCUGGAAUGCUCCGCCGCCGCCACCGCCAGGCCCGCAGCAGUGGCAUCCCAGUCAAUGGGGCUGUCCGCCACCAGUGCAGCCACCGGCAGGUGCAGGGGGUCCACCAAUGGAUCAUCAUCGCAACGGGCCGCCCCCGCCAGCACCGGGUAACUGGAACAUGCCGCCCAAUGCCCCGCCACCCAUACCUGGAGCACCGCUGCCGCAAGGUCCGCCGCCACACCAGCAACCGCCUCCAAAUUUCGGCAGCGGCUAUCAGCAGAGCUACGGCGGGGGCCCUACCAAGCACAACAAUAUGAAUGCGAAUCGCAUGAACCCCUAUGCGGCAGCUCCCCCCAACAAUUACCACAAUGCACAGCCGCCAGCUGCUGGCUAUGGAUCGUACAAUGCUCCAGCUCCUCCGCCGAAUGGAAAUGCACCGCUGCCAAAGGGCGUGUCCAACGGCUCGGUGGCCGUUGGGGGCAGUGCCAAUAGCAAGUAUCGCCGCUAGAUCGCCGGUAAGUAGAGCGCCCUGCGGCCGCAUCCCGUCCCUCCCGCCAUUUAGCUGUCGUUUAAGUCAUAAGAAAUCGAAACAACGCCCCCGCCAGAUACGUCUUGCCGACCCCCCCCAUAUGUAUGUUUAAAAAAUGUUUAACGUAUGAACUAAUGUGUACAAUUCUUUUUGAUUUAGAUGCCUUUUUGUGCGCACUUUGUGCAGCAAAAGAAUCAAGAUACUGUUAAGAUAGCAACACACACUCGCUUAGAGUUACGUAAAAACAGAAACACACAGAAAAACAAAACAGGACACUUAACGCAUUGUCUCUCUAUCUAUCAUAGGACAACUAACUACGGUUUUUACUCUACACCUAAGCUAUACCAUUGAUAAUUUAACUAUCGAUCUAAGCCACAGACUAUAUGUAUAAAUAUUUUCUAUAACAAUGUUUGGGAGGUCCAUAGGUCGGUCCCUUAACCAUUUUUGCAUACAUCUGAAUGCAUGUAUGUGGGAAUGCUUACCCAUUUAGAACGGGGUGGGAGAAUAUGCCGGAAUGAAUUUAUUUCAAAACUUUACGGAUGGAUGACGACUACCAGUGCUCUCUAUCUUAACAAUCCUCCCAAUCUCUGUACAUUUUCAAAACCAAGCGUCCGUGCAGCGCGCGUUUUGCUUGCAAAAAUAUUAACUAAGGAUUGACACAAUGGAAGCAAUAAAUAAAUUAGUAAUUAGUUACAAAAUACGCAGCUUUAGCCUGAGCUUAUUGGCCAUAAUUCGUAUAGCUAGAUAAUAGAGCCUUUGUAUUACCUAAAAGAGAAAAGCAAACAAACAAACAAAAGCAAAAAAAAGAUACGUCCAGAAAUAAUAUAAACGUAAACGAAAUACAAAACAAAAAAAUCAAAUCGUAAUCAAACCAAACGCUAAGCUGGCGGGCGUAGCACGGGUGUGUGGGUGGCCUUAACCUAUCGAUGUACACACGAGUUGAUAUCAAAACUAUUGUCAAUUUUUAUAGAGCAAAAAGAUUAUAUACACCAUAUACGACUCGACUACUACUAUCUGCUAUACAAGACACCCCAAACAUGAUUCUAUAAUGCUGUAAAAAGGUUUCUCCACACCAAAUGUCAUUGAACUACCCGUUCAUUCCACUGAUUGGCUGGAUUAACACAUUAUGAUAGCAUAUAGGCUACGUUUAAGUAGAUAUAUGAUUAAUCAAUGAUCAAAAUAGGUAAUUUCAAUCAAAAUUUGCAAUCAUUAGAAUGUCUAGAAUCUGACAAAAUCAUUUGAUUUCAUAUAUAAAAGGUUUUAAAAACUUUAACGAUAAAAACAUUCAAUUGCCCAUUUAAUAAAAGAAAAGUUUUGUGUAAUGUAACAGAAUUGAAGCUAUUAGUGUUGAGUAAGUUCAUUCGAACCGAUUUUAAUCGUUUCCCAUAAGACAUUUAAUCCAGUUUUCUCAUUUAUCACCAGAAAUGUAUUGCAAAAUGCAAAAGUACUGGAGCUUAUAGUGUUGAGAAUCAUCGGAUAGUGUUGAAAAAUUCGAAUUUAUCAUUAAUUACCAUUACCAUUAAUCCAGUCAAUCAGUAGAAUUACGAAAAUGCGCGCAUGAUUUUUUUUUGUUACUAUUAUUUUGUUGCUUUUUACGUUUGGAAGUCCAGCUUUUGGGCAGAUUCCCUUGUUUUUGUUUGACAAACGAUGAGAAAUUAUAUAUAUGUAUGUUAAGUUUGAGUACGAACCACGACACACGAAACUCUAAGUUAAGUUUAGAUCAACAGUUUAACUAGAUGUAUGAAACAUUAUUCUCUCUUUCUACAAUAUUAUUACUAUAUUAUAUGUAUGCUUACGUUCUGUAGCUCACGCCAAAGGCUUUGAAUUUGAUCUAUGAAUUAUAUUAUAUACUAUAUAUAUUAUAUAUAAUAUUAAUUAUGUAUUGAGAAUAAGUGACAAAAAUGACAAAAAAUAUGCAAAGAGGCUCAGUCCACAGGUCCACUUUGCCAGCUUCAGUUAGAGCCAGUCCUCCUCUACUCUCUACAUUUACGAAUACAAAACACCACUAAUCACUUAACCGAAAAUAUAUGAAAAUUCGUAUUUAUUUAAAAUAAAUAAAACCUGAAAAACCAACACUAUGUAUCUGUAUCUAAACAUUUAUUUUGAGCUACUAUCCAGCUGUAAGUCUCUCUCUCGCUCUCUCUCUAUCUCUCUCCCGUCCAAGAAGUGAAUGCAAGUCUAAGUAGUCACUAAUCUGUAAUACUAUCAUAAAGGUUUAGUUAAUUUUUAAUGCAAUUCUAGGUACGCAAACGUAAACGCAAGUCCAUACACAAUUUUCGAACUAAUUUUAAACAUAUUUACCAUGAAUUCUAAGCCCUUAAAACGCUUGAGACAAGCUUGUUGUGUAGCCUUAAGGUAAGUUAGCGAAGAGGCAACCACCCACCAGGUGUACUCGUACUUCAGAUCGUAACAUUCGCAUAGGAUACAAUAUCGAUAUAUACUUUUCUAUAAGUGCGCUUAAGUACCUCGCUUAUACAACUAGCAACUCAAAUCUUUAUACCACAAAUCUCUAAGCAGAUUAUUUCUAAAACAAAUCACAAUAUUUCUUUUCCCAAAAAAAAAACAACUCCAAAACCCUGAGACCAUGCUGGAGAGGGGAAGAACCAAACGAACUCUUGGAUCUACAAUGCA